AUUUCUCCCCCUGCUUGUCAAAUAAAUUUAGGUUAACGUUUCCUGUCAAACUCCUUAUGUAGUAUUACAAAUUGUGUAUAAAUUUUUGUUUACGUACAAAUUAAUUUAAAUUCCUUUUUUCGAGGAAAAAACCUUUCAUAUUUAUAAAGGGGGUGAAAUUAUUAAACGAACGAUGACUACUUUCGCCCUAAAAAUAAAAACAAAAGUCGGACAAGAGGUAGUAAGAAGUUUAACACCAGAUAGUACAAUUGCGGACUUGAAAACAGUUUUAGCAAAAAUAGGGAACAUCCCUGAGAAUCGAUUAUGUGUUUUAUCUGGAUUUCCACCAAAAGUUCUCGAUUUAUCAGGUGAUGCAAAGACUAGUUUGAAAGAAAAAGGGAUAACAUCGGGUGACACAUUAAUUUUAGAAGAAAAAAUCGGGAAUAUCACAUCGAAUACUAGUGCCUCAUCAUUAAAAAACGAAGCUGAUGAACAAUUUGCCUUACAAUCAAACUCAACUUGUCCCGGGUUGUUAAUGAAGUAUGUUGUACCUGCUGAUAAUUCAUGUCUUUUUACAAGCAUUCACUUUGUGUUGAAUGGGAAAGUUGAUGAAACCGGAAGUGUUGCUCCUUGGAUGAGAGAAUUAAUUGCAGAAACCGUGGAAAGAGAGAGUGAUGAAUUUACAGAGGCUAUUUUAGGUAAACCUCCUGCGGAAUAUUGCAAAUGGAUUUUGGAUGAAAAAUCUUGGGGUGGAGCGAUUGAACUAGCAAUCUUAUCAAGUUAUUAUGGAAUUGAAAUUGCUGUAGUUGAUACAAUAAAUGCAAUAAUCAACAGAUUUGGUGAAGAUAAAAAUUAUGGAAAUCGUGUCUUCUUGCUAUUCGAUGGGAUUCAUUACGACCCUUUAUAUUUAGAACCAACAGAUGGUGGUCCAAUCAAAACAAUAUUUCCUUCACAAGAUGUUAAACUUUUAGAAGAGGCUGAAUUAUUGGCAAAAGAGGCUAAAUCCAGUAGGCAAUUCACUGAUGUAAAUAAGUUUAGAUUAAAAUGUAACGUUUGUAAUAUUUUUUUAAACGGGCAGGUCGAAGCACAGUCACACGCUCAGAGUACCGGCCACACGAAUUUUGGUGAAGUAUAACAAUAACUAAAAAUACAGUAACUUGUAUUGGGGUACAAACUUUUUAUUUUCUCUCAUCUUCUUAAUUAAUAAUAGAUAUUUUUAUUGUAUAUUUU